AUGUCCACAGCGCCACCAGAGUAUACAGCAACAGGCGGUCUGUUAGAAAAUCUAGAAACUCCUCGUACAGAUGGAGACCACAUUCCUGAUGAUUUCAAGUGGAGCGAUAUUGUUGCCGAGUGUGCAAUUGAUAUCCGGCACCGCUUUAUGCAGCGCGUCUACCUGAUCCUCGUCACCCAGCUCGUGCUCACAAUUGCGAUCUCCGCGAUCAUGAUCAUGAACCCCGGCGUUCAGCAGUGGGCCAUGACGCACUCGUGGGUCAUGUUUGUUGCGAUGUUCGGUGGGUUGGCGUCGAUGAUUGUGACAAUGUGGAAGCGCCGUGAGUACCCGAUCAAUUUGAUAUUUUUGGGUGUUUUCACCGUUUGCGAAGGGUAUAUGGUUGGGUUUGCGUCGAGCACGGCCGACACAAGUGUGAUUAUAUCCGCCCUGAUUGUUUUGGCGAUUAUCUUCACUGCGCUCUCUGCGUUCGCGUUGCAAACUCGUUACGACUUUACCGGCUAUGCUCCAUACCUUGGAGCUGCACUGUUUGGCCUGAUCGGGUUUGGAUUCGUUGCUAUGUUUAUUCCUUCGAGUAAUGUGGAGAUGGCAUACUCUGUAAUUGCCGUUAUUAUCUUUGCUGGUUACAUUCUUGUGGACACUCAAAUGAUUAUGACCCAGUAUCACCCCGAAGACGAAGUUGCAGCUGCUGUUUCACUGUAUUUGGACAUUAUCAACCUUUUCUUGAACUUGUUACGCAUUCUUUCCAAAGCAGAUGACCAGUAA